CCCUGUACCUGGCAACAAAAGGCGCCAAAAAAGUUUCACCAAUUUUGUAGCUGCAGAGUUUUGUGAUUCCCUGGAUUUAUUAUAAACCGUUCAUCAGAUUUUCCCAACCAUGCCGAUCUACGUAAGAAACCCCUCUGUGGAUGGUGAAAGGAAAGGAAAGCUGGAAGAAUGGUGUAUCGUAGAGUUGCAGGGGGAUCUGGAAGUUCGCGGGGAGCGUAUCAUGGCGGGGCAGUUUAUCGGCGAUCUGCUUUACAACAAAUACGGACAACCGAUCCUCAUCAUUGGGCAUCAUAUACUGCAGGGCAGAAUGCAGAAGAUCGAUAAACCAUUGCUUGUGGUGGAGAAGCAUGAUCUUCGUCAGACGAAUGGUAGAGAUGAAGAUGAAACCAUGCUGGACAUAAGCCAGGUAGUGACGGAAAGUCAGCAGGAGCUUGAUUCGACUGCACAUUCUAUUGCUUCGAACCGAACCGUUCUCGAUUCUACGGUAGCGAUCGAGCACAAGGUGGUGCCGAAGGUAGAGUACCUAGUUCGAGCCGUCGUUCGAAGUAAGGUGUUGUUUAAGGCAAGGCCUAAACCUAUCAUUGCCAAUGUGGCCAAAUCAGUUUAAUUACGAUAAGUGGCUGCUGGUAUUGUAAAUAGUUUUAUGAAAUACAUUAAUGUUUGUGAUGUAAAAUGCAAUCCAUUCUUCUGACUCGCUUCCCGAUAAUUUCUCAAUUGAAGUACGACGCAUGAAUCCACCGCGGCAUA